AUGGGACUUGCAGGAACCAAAGUUAAACAGAACUUUGGUCUUGAUCCAAGAAACACAAAUUGGUCAAAUGAUACAUCAAGAUUUGGUCAUCAAUAUUUAUCAAAAAUGGGUUGGAAAACAGGUAAAGGAUUAGGAUUAACUCCAAAUUCAAUGACAAGCCACAUAAAGAUUCAUAUAAAACAAGAUAAUUCUGGAUUAGGUGCAAAAUUAAAAAAAUCAAAUGAAGAUAAAUCAUUAGAUGAAUGUAGUGGAUUAGAUGCAUUUCAAAGAAUUUUAGGUAGAUUAAAUGGGAAUGAAAAUAAAGUUAAUAAAAUUAUGGAUUUAAAAAAAAAUGAUGAGAUUAUUAAUGGGAAAUGGGGGAUUAGAUUUGUAAAAGGUGAAGUUUUAUCAAGUACUUGGGAUAAAGAUAGUAAAAAAUUAAUAUCAUAUAAGAAUACAGAUGAAAACAGUAGUAAGAAGAGAAAUAUGGAGGAGGAUGAAGAUGAUGAUGAAAUAAAGACAACAAAUGAGCACAAGGAGACUGAAGAUGAUAUACGACAAAGCAAAAAGAUAAAACUUGAUUCGAAGGAGAAGGAGGAUAAAAGAAAAUCAAAGGAGGAUAGGAAAGACAAGAAAAAGAAAGAAAAGAGAAAAAGCAAAACCAAGGAGGAAGACGAAAGACUGAGCAAAAAGGAGAAAAAGGAAAAGAAGAGUAGUAAAACGAAUGAAGAAGAUGAAAUACUGAAUAAAAAAGAGAAAAAAGAAAAGAAAAGUAGUAAAACUGAAGAUGAUGAAAUACUGAGCAAGAAAGUGAAAAAGGAAAAGAAAGAUAAAGUAGAUAAGGAUCCACUGUCUAAAGUAAAGAAGGAGAAGAAAGAGAAAGAAAAAAUCAAAGAAACCAAAUCAGAAGAAACACAAGAACCAAAAUCCUCAUCCUCAACACCAACUCCCUCCUCAGGAUUAGCAUCAAGACAUUCGGCAAGAUCGAAAUGGAUCAAACAAAAAAGAGCAUCAGUAAUGGAUCCAAAAGCAUUAAAUGAAAUUUUUAUGAUAUCGAAAUAG